ACAUGUAGCCGUGACCAAACGCUGAUGUGUCUCUAACCCCGGCUGUGUCUUCACAGGUCUUUGUCCAUGGACACUGAGGACAAGAUGGAGACGUACCACAGAUUUAUCCAAGACGGUAAAGACGUCGCCCGACAAGGGGACAUGCACAAAGCGCUGAAGUUCUUCAAGCUGGCGUACGACAUCCACCAGAGUCAAAAACUCGAGAGCAGGAUAAAGAAAAUUGAGGAACUCAUUUCCCAGAAUGAUUCAGAGGAAGACGAAGAAGAGUUUGUCAAUGUAAACGGCAGCGGUUUGAUGCUUUUCAAAGAUCUGCACAGCAAGCUUUAUGACUACCAGAGAAAUGGAGUGGCCUUCUUAUACAGUCUCUACAGAGAUGGCCUCAAAGGCGGGAUCUUGGCCGAUGACAUGGGCCUUGGUAAAACCAUCCAGGUGAUAUCAUUCCUCUCUGGUAUGUACGAUAAUGAGCUGGUUAAACACACGAUGCUCGUCAUGCCAACUUCCCUCAUCACAAACUGGACCAAGGAGUUUGCCAAGUGGACUCCUGGGAUGAGGGUGAAGGAGUUUCACGGUACCAGCAAAGGAGAGAGGACCAGGAAUUUGGAGAAGGUUCAGAGGAGAGGCGGCGUCAUCAUCACCACGUACACGAUGCUUAUGAAUAACUGGCAGCAGCUGUCAUCAUAUCACGGCAGAGAGUUCACAUGGGACUACAUGAUCCUGGAUGAGGCACACAAGAUUAAAACCACAACCACCAAAACUGCUAAAAGUGCUUCUGCCAUACCCUCCAAAAACAGAGUUCUUCUCACAGGAACUCCAGUCCAGAACAACCUGAGAGAAAUGUGGGCUCUCUUUGACUUUGCUUGCCAAGGCACUCUCCUCGGUACAGCCAAAACAUUCAAAGCAGAGUACGAGAACCCCAUCACCCGUGCCCGAGAGAAGGAUGCCACUCCAGGCGAAAAGGCUCUGGGGUCCCGGAUGUCUGAGAACCUCAUGGCCAUAAUCAAACCCUACUUCCUGCGCAGAACAAAAUCAGAAGUGCAGAAAAACAAAAUGAACGGUGCGCGUCCAGAAAAAGAAGAAGAUAUUUCAGAAAAAGACAGCGGAGCUGUCAUGCCCACUCUGAUGAGAAAGAACGACCUGAUCAUCUGGACCUACCUGAGCUCUGUUCAAGAAGACAUAUACAGGCAGUUCAUUUCACUGGACCACAUCAAGGAGCUGCUGAUGACCAGCAGAUCACCGCUGGCUGAACUAAACAUCCUGAAAAAGCUGUGCGACCACCCGAGACUGCUCUCUGCCGCCGCCAUCGCCAAGUUAGGCUUGGAGGAAAGUACGGCCGAAAGUCAGAACGACGAUGCAGAGAUGGACGCCGCCCACAGCAUUGCCAACAUCUCCGACGACACUUUAAUAGCCGAGUCUGGGAAACUGGUCUUUCUGUUCACGCUUCUUGAACGGCUCAGGCAAGAAGGCCACCGUACACUCGUC